AUGUCUAUUUUCUGUUCUGUCGAGGAAUUCCUCUCUUGUUCUUUUGACUUUAUUAUUGUCGGUGGAGGUACGGCCGGACUCGCACUUGCCGCACGUCUAUCUGAGAGUGGGCAAUUUAGAGUAGGUGUGCUCGAAGCUGGCGAGAACAAGCUGGAUGAUCCAAUGGUCAAUAUUCCAAGCAUGUUUCCACAAAUGCAAUUCAAGCCUGACUAUGACUGGAUGCUGAAGAGCGUUCCGCAAGUUCAUGCAAACAAUCUAGAAUUCGCUUUGCCACGCGGAAAAGUGUUGGGAGGCACCAGUGCCAUAAAUUACAUGCAGUACAGCAGACCACUCGGCUCUGACUGCGAUGAAUGGGCGAGUUAUGUUGGCUCGGACGAGUGGUCCUGGUCCAACAUGAUGCCAUACUUCAGAAGGAAUGAGUAUUUGGAGGCUGAAGAGUACCAAACAGCAUGUCUUGCAGCACAUGGGACCAAUGGGCCAAUCCACACUAGCUCAACACGAUCCCAGAUUCCUAUGGAAAACGUCUUUCUGGACGCGUGUCGAGACGUUGCCGGAUUUGAGUCAAAACCGCAAGAUGCUACCAACGGGACACAUGAUAGCUUCUUCGCGGCUCUUUCGACAGUCAACCGCUCCGAUCACAACGGAACAAGAAGCUAUGCAGCUUCAGGAUAUAUUUCACCUUACUUACACCGCACCAACCUCAGAAUACUUACGAACGCCAACGUUGAGUCCGUGAAGUUUCAGGGAAAUAGCUCCGAGAGGGUGGCCGAAGGGGUUUACUUUUGGCGUUCGGGAGCCAAGUACGUAGUAAAUGCCACGCGAGAGGUCAUUCUCAGCGCAGGCACCCUUAAGACCCCGCAGGUUCUUGAACUUUCAGGGAUUGGAGAUCCUACAAUUCUCAAAGCUGCUGGAGUUGCCUGCGUGGUGCCGAAUAGUUUCGUCGGUGAAGAUAUGCAAGACCACACUGCAUUCAUCACGACGUUGGAACUGGCGCCAGGAGGCUUCUCUAUCGAUGCCUUUGCAGAUCCACUUAUUGUUCGAACAGUCAUGGAAGAUUAUCAACGUACGGGAGGCGGCCCCCUUGCCAAUCCUCCAUCGGGUAUGGGCUUUCUCAGCUAUCCAUCCUUGGUUUCCCCCAACGACCUUGAUGCCACUAUCGAUGCAGUAGGAAAGAUUGAGGGUCUGAAAAAACCUCUCACAAUGGCUCAACAACGAAGAGUAAUCAACAGGCUGAGUGAUCCCCACGCAGGCGCCAUACAGAUUCUCUUCAUUCCAGCAAAUAUUGACGCUGCAGAAGGGCGAGCAGACCAGUCCAAAUUCAUUCGACCAGCGGCUGGUGGAAACAAUCACGUAACAGCAAUUACAGCAUUUCAAUAUUCGUUGAGUCGGGGGAGUGUCCACAUAACAGGAAAUGAUGCCGAAGCUCCACCCAGGAUUGACCCAUCCUUUCUAUCACACCCGGUGGAUGUCGCAGUAUUGCGCGCAACAAUGCACUUCCUGACCAAGGUCUCCAAUUCAACAGCUGUCAGAGAGCAGCUCAACCCAAGCUUCACGCUAGCUGAAAAAUUUGGACUUGGAGACCGAGACCGUGAAAUAUCGUACAUUCGCAGCCAUGUGGGGACAGAGCAUCACCCCAUCGGCACGGCUGCCAUGGGAACAGUGGUCGACACCAAUCUCAGGGUAAAGGAGGUCGCUAAGCUGAGGUGCGUAGACGCAAGUGUUAUUCCCAUUCACAUAAGCGGAAACCCAAUGUCGAUGGUAUAUGCAAUAGCUGAAAAGGCAGCGGAUCUGAUACUUGGUGCUGCGAAAGCAUGA